AUGUUUUUCUGGUUUCGUUACUUCUUCUGGAUCAUCAUUUGGCUAGAAGUCCGCAGAACGCACACACCUGUCGCCGCCACCAUCAACAACGCCAUCAUCCUCUAUCCUCGCCGCUGGAUCUCGACGAAGAAGCGUUUCCACAUCAUCGAAAAGGGAAAAUUUCGACCCCUCGACACGCAACAACCUUCCACCCCUCCCAUCUCCAUGUGCCAGCGGUACAUUCACCUCACCAUCUGCCGUCACCUCGACUGUGGGGUCCAGGUCGGGAAGAAGCACCGCAAUGUGUACUGUUCUGCUGCCCGUCGAGCCCGACGUCUGGGCCGGUGCGACGACGGUCUCAAGGUCGCUGCCGAGAUCAGCCAUCGUGGCACUGUUUCGUGUACGGCCUGCAAGGCGUCGAGGUCUUCCUACUCUUCUCCUUCAUUGGUGAAGACUUCUUCUUCUUUUCUCUUGACAAACGAAGAAGAAGAUGUCGAGGACGAGCAAAACGACGAGUUUUCUUCUCCUCGUCCUGCUUUCCAGAGACCGUCCCGGAGGAGAGGAAGAAAGCCACGCAACAGCGUCUUCCGGGACGUUUUCGAGAUCCCCCUCGAGCAGCAAGUUAAGGACUUUGACAAGCAGGGCAAGCGGAGACGCAGUGGCAACAAUGUCCUGGACACCGAGAUGGAAUCCGAAUUCUCAUGGCUUCAGGUCGAGGGCCCUGAACAAAAGAGACGCGGCACCCGUCAAUAUUCGCACGAGAAGAAGAAGCCUCGAGCAAAUGAUUCGGGCUCACUGGGCUGCUAUGGCCUGUAG